UUAAAGUAAAAAGGUCAAUUAACCUGAUAAAAAUGGUUAUAGUUUUGAGGAGGGCAUUUACCUAAUUCAUCGGGCUUUCUCACUCUAUCGGAAGCAAAUCUGUCUUCGUUGACUCAGAGAACGCCUCCCGACACCAUGAUUGACGACCAAGACUUGGGUUUCUUUGCCAAUUUUCUGGGUAUCUUCAUUUUUGUACUGGUAAUAGCUUAUCAUUAUGUGAUGGCCGACCCAAAGUAUGAGGGAAACUAAGGAUUCCUUUUUAUUCCCCAAUGUAGUACUUAUAGAGAUGCCAAGUAUUGUGGACUGAGCUGUUUUGCUAAUGUAUGCAGUUGGAUUUACUUGAGAUCUACAUGAAUAUGAAUGCAUUUUUUCUGGAUUUAUGACAACUUA